AUGGCGAGCUCAGCAGCCAACAACUAUCGCCAGCAGCCACUCGCUUCCCCUCCACCAGCCUACAAUCCAUCCUCCCCUCUCUCAACACAGCCCAACACGCCACGAACGGUACCCCCGCAGCCGAGCUUGAGCAUUAAUCGAAAGCCCCUGCCAUCGUCGACAUCCCAGACCGUGACAUCAACGGUCCAUGAUUCGCCCCUUUCGUCGUUGCAGAUCGACAAUGGGGCCGAGCUCUCGCAGCCCGAAAGCGCGCAGAUCCAGAAUGCGCAAGAUGACCACGGCCCCGAAACACCGCAGCUGCGACUGCCCGAUGUCGCAGCGAUGUCGCUAGAGGAUCCAGUACCACCUCAACAAGAGACCUGGAACCCAUCGUACCCGCAACGAAAAGACUCCAUGCGACCGCCGGUGUAUUUGCAGUCGGAGCAGCCGCUCGACCAGACUCCCUCCGGCAGCGAGGAUGGCCACGGCAACGCCCGAAAGGCCAGCUCGUUCAUUGAGCGAGAGGCGCAAAGUGGAAGCCACAACAGUUCCUCUCGCGGCAGUUUGGAAAGCCUGGCGCAGACUUCGGACAGUUAUGAACCGCUCCACUACCACCACCAGCAAUACCAAAAUUCCAGGACCGGUCUUCGAUCAGUAUCUGCCAUGAAUCCAGCGGAAAAUCGGUCCGGAUCUACGGGUAAUUUAGUCGCUCAGCGUUCUCGCAUUGCGCGGCCGCUCUCUGCAUACUCUUCAAUCUCCGACUUUGGCGGUCAUCGGCGCAAUCUCUCCGCAUCACCUUAUAUGCAUGCUCGCUCGUCAUCACGGAACUCAACUGCGUCGCCAGACAACCGAUCGCUCUCACUCCUGGAUCUUCUGAACACCUCAUAUCCCCAGCCUGGCCCCGUGGCUGCCCAGCUCGAUAACUCGUAUCUUCGAACCGCUGUCGGGAACAACGCAUCGCUGCUCACCAAUAAACAGACCUUUGAGAUGUAUCUGGCCAAUGUGAAGAAGACCGACGAGCCAUCCGUUCAAUACGAGUUUGCGGUGUUUAUGGUCAACUCGAUGCGUGAGAUGCCCAAUGUGGAUCUGGAAGAUGGGGGCACCAUUACCCGUGCCAGACUGGGCCGAGAAGCUCGAUCGAUUUUGCAACGCCUCGCUGACCGCAGCUAUCCAUUUGCACAAUACUAUCUUGGAGAUGGGUAUGCAUCUGGUCUGUUCAGUAAAGGAAAAGAAGACUACGACCGGGCAUUCCCGCUCUUUGUGGCGGCCAGCAAACACGGCCACGUCGAGGCUUGUUACCGUGUAGCUCUGUGCUACGAAUUCGGGUGGGGCUGUCGAGUCGAAGGAGGACGUGCGGUUCAAUUCUACCGCCAGGCAGCGUCCAAGAACCACCCGGGUGCCAUGCUGCGCAUGGCCAAGGCAUGCUUGGGAGGUGAUAUGGGACUGGGCAAACGGUACCGGGAAGGCAUCAAGUGGUUGAAGCGCGCCGCAGAGUCCUCCGAUGCGCAAUACAAUUCGGCUCCGUACGAAUUGGGCCUGCUCCACGAGACCGGCUACGGCGACGACGUCUUCAAGGACGAAUCCUACGCCGCACAGCUUUUCACCCGUUCCGCCGAGCUGGGUCAUGUGGAGGCAUCCUAUCGUUUGGGAGAUGCCUACGAGCACGGGAAAUUGAACUGUCCACGAGACCCGGCAUUGAGUAUCCAUUUCUACACCAAUGCGGCCCAGAAUGGGCAUCUGCUAGCCAUGAUGGCUCUGUGUGCUUGGUACCUGGUUGGCGCCGAGCCUGUUCUUGACAAGGAUGAGAUGGAGGCGUACGAAUGGGCUGCACGGGCUGCGGGCCUUGGCCUUGCAAAAGCACAGUACGCCAUCGGUUACUUCACAGAAAUGGGCAUCGGGUGCCACCGUGACCCCCUCGAGGCCAACGUCUGGUAUGUCAAGGCAGCAGACCAGGGCGACGAGCGGGCCAAGCACCGAAUUGCUGCUAUUCGGGCCGCCGCAGAUGGGGGAAUCCCGCCUUUGUCGCCCGGAAUGGCGGCGUCCGACAAGGGCGUCAAAAAGCGAUUCGUCAUCUUUUGA